CUCUCGGAACGGUCGGUUAUUAAAAGCUCAAAUAAAGCGAAUAAAAAAAUCUGUGAAAGUUAAGACAAGCUUCAUAAAUAAUUUUUAAACAAUAACAAAAUGUUGAAAUUUUCAACAUUUUUAAUAUUUUUGUUAAUUUUUAUACUAAAAUUUAUACACGGAUUUCCUGUAGGACCAAGAGAUGGCAUAGAAAUACCACCACCGGAAGUGAUUAAAUUUAUGAGACGUUUUGGCUACUUGGAUCAAAAUCCCGAUGAUUCAGAGGCUUUGUAUCAUGAAAGUGCCAUAGUGGAAGCUAUUAAAAAUAUACAAAAAUAUGGUGCCUUAAAUCAAACCGGUAGACUAGAUGCCCAAACUUUAGAUCUGUUUACUAAACCCCGCUGUGGUGUACCCGAUAUCGAAGGCAAGCCAUAUUAUCUAAGACAACAACCGGUUAUUACUGCUAAAAGCGCAAGUUUGAUAUCGAGAAAGAAACGCUUUAUCUUUGGAGCAAAAACUUGGAGUAAGAGGAAUAUCAAAUAUUUGUAA